CUUUUACCAAAAUACAUACUUCAAUGUACAGGUAGCUAAUUGUUACAUGCAUUGCAUCUUUAUGAAUGUUUUUUUUGUACAACUGUCUCGAAUUACAUAAAGAUUCACGACUUAUUCAAACUGGAAUUAUAAACCACAUUACUUUGGUACCUGUACCUAUUACCUCAGUUAUUUUUACUCGCGCCGCUCUAUUCUUCCCUCCCUCCACCAAUUCGCAUGAAAUAAACCAACCAAGCAGUACUAUGGAUUUCCUCAAAUCCGCGGUCGCGUCCGCCAUUUCUCAGGGGCCGCCUUUUCCCUAUUCCUUUGGCGACAAGGUCGACAUAGAUGCCUCAAUAUGGACCCUCUAUAAUGGUACGAGGCGAGCUGAUGGAUCCAACUGCAGCAUAUUUGCUUUCGACGUUCCCUCGAAUAAAGCGCUGGUCCCCCUCGCGAAGAAUGCGGUCAAGAAGCUACGAACAAUGCGACAUCCAGGCGUUAUCAAGGUCUUAGAUACCGUCGAGACAGAUUCGUACAUUUACAUCGCGACGGAAAGGGUAGUACCUCUGAGAUGGCACGUUAAGAGAAAGAGCCUAAGUCCUGAGACGAUCAAAUGGGGCUUAUACAGCAUCGCGCGUACCAUUAAGUUUAUUAACGACGAGGGCUCCUCCGUCCACGGCAGCCUUCGAGUCUCGUCUAUAUAUACAUCCGAGAGCGGGGAAUGGAAGCUAGGCGGCUUUGAAGUGUUGAGUAACGUCAAGGAUGACGAUGCUGUAAUAUACAGAUAUGGAAGUCUAGUGCCGGAUGCUGCGAGAUAUACUCCACCAGAGCUUGCGCGGUCGGGAUGGGACACCCUCAAGAAAAGCCCACAUUCGGCCGUUGAUGCUUAUAACUUCGGCACUACCAUAUUCGAAGUUUUCAACGGCGAUUUUACGGGCGCAGAUCAGGCAGGGCAGACGAAGGGCAUCCCACCCAGUAUGCAUGCGGGCUACAAGAGGCUUGUUAACGCGAACCCCAAAGCUAGGAUUACAGCAGGAGCAUUCUUAGAACAGGGGUGCCGAUCUGGUGGCUUCUUUGACUCGCCCCUGAUUAAGUUGACCGAGGGAAUAGAUAAUCUUGGUGUGAAGUCUGAAACCGAAAAGGAAGAAUUUCUGGAUGAUCUGGACCAGCUAACGGAUGACUUCCCGGAAGAAUUCUUUAAAAUGAAGGUUUUGCCCGAACUGUUAAAGGCCGUAGAAUUCGGCGGAGGCGGGCCUAAAGCGUUCGGGGUUGUGAUGAAGAUAUCCACGAAGCUAUCAAACGAGGAUUUUGAGUCUCGGGUCCAACCGGUUGUCAUCAGACUAUUUGGCAAUCCUGACAGGGCGAUACGAGUCUGUCUUUUGGAUAAUUUACCAGUUAUGAUUGACAGACUGUCUCAAAAGGUUGUCAACGAUAAGAUUUUCCCAAACAUGGUUUCCGGCUUCGCGGAUGUGGCCCCCCUCGUGCGAGAGCAGACACUAAAAUCCGUUCUCGUCGUCAUCUCAAAGUUAUCAGACCGAACAAUCAACGGCGAAUUGUUAAAGCAGCUCGCCAAGACAGCUAACGAUGAGCAGCCUGGCAUUCGGACGAACACCACAAUUUGUCUAGGUAAAAUUGCUAAGAAUCUUGGAGCAUCGUCAAGGAGCAAGGUCCUGCUAGCAGCGUUUACUCGGUCACUUCGAGACCCCUUUGUGCACGCGCGUAACGCGGCGCUCUUGGCGCUUGCAGCUACAAGCGAAUAUUUUACCGAGGAAGAUUGCGCUGUACGGCUUUUACCAGUCAUAUGUCCAUCGUUACUCGACAAGGAGAAACUAGUCCGGGAUCAAGCCAACAAAACUUUAGAAGUCUACUUGCAAAGAGUACGCAAAGCUGCAGCUAGUAUGCCGGACACUGUUCAACCACCGCCUCAGACAACCGAAGGUGCUGGACCGCGUAUGAGCACGCCACAACCCAGCGAGGCGUCUUCUUGGGCCGGGUGGGCAAUUUCUUCCUUUACCAACAAGUUAUCCGCUGCAUCGGGCGAAAUACAAACUUCAAGGGUUCCGGUUAUUUCGCCCCAACUCCAACCCACUACUAAACAUGUCCCAUCAACGACGUCGUCGGCUUCUACGUUACAUCGCCAGGUCCUUAAAUCUCCAUCUCCCGCGCCGCCUCUAUCUCGCAACUCGUCUACUUCAGCCGAGGCUUACUUCAAGGACCCCGAACUGGUGAACGAUGACGGGGGCGACGCUUGGGGAGAUAUGGGCGACAUGGACGACGACGGAAAUGCGUUUUUCGAUGCAACUAGCGAGCCCACGAAGGUCGUGAAGGAGCCCGUGGCAUCUUCCCAACCAUUAGACGAUGGCUCGGAACCUGACUUUGCGGGAUGGUUGGCAGCGCAAGCAAAGAAGAGCACUCCUGGUGGCGGUAGCAAACCUCUGCCCAAAGGUCUCUCAAAGGCGAAUGGCAAAACAUCUACCACCGCCGCCACCAAGAAACCGCUUACAUCCAGACCAGCGACAAAGGUUGUUGCAAAGAAAAUUGACACGAAACCGAAAGACGCUGACGACGACGACGGGUGGGGAGACGGGUGGUAACAGUGAGUUUGGACGGAAAAAAGAAAAGGUAAUCAAGGGUUCCAAUAGUCAACUGAAGGCAUUGCAAGGCGUUUUGGUGUACGGAGUACAGUGGUCGGAUCCGGGAUCCGAGGGUUUGGUGGUUUUCUGGUAUACCAGGCAUCAGGUGGUCAUUGCUAAAAUCUAAGCGCAAGUACGGAUAAUUACGAUAUAGACAUAAUAAAUAUCUUAUAUACAAGUCACGGGCAUACUUAACCUAACCCAUUGUAACAAUCAGUUCUUCCUCACGG